UAGCGCACGUUGUCAUUUGUGUACGUCAUUUAUUUUUAGCUACACAUUUCUGAUUAUUGCAACAACAACAAAAACAUAUGAUCCAUUUUAACACAAUUCACAUGCUCACUGAAAACAAUUGAGGACUGCAGACAAAAAUAUAAAUAUUGUAAGACGUGGACGAAGUUGGUAUUUGUAUUAACAGCUAAGCCUGCAGUGCAAGCAGGCUAACUAACCUGAAGCGUAGCUAGCUUCUCUAAACGGCGUUAUUCACAGGAAAUCUGCAUCUGUUCAGCAACUACAAAAAGAAGAAUGACUUCAGCCUCAACGAAGGUUGGGGAGAUCUUCUCAGCAGCAGGAGCUGCUUUCACCAAGUUAGGGGAGCUGACCAUGCAACUGCACCCCGUAGCUGACUCCAGUCCCGCAGGAGCUAAGUGGACGGACACUGAGAUUGGGCAGCUGAGAUCGGCCGUGGUGAGGUUUGGUGAUGACCUGAACUCCCUCAGCGCUGUCAUCAAGGAACGCACCGUGGUCCAGAUUAAAAGUACAGUGAAGAGGAAGCUCUAUGACGAGACUGGGAUGCCCAUUUCCACCGACUCCCCAAAAAAGACCGCCAAGAAGACUGCUGUUACCACGGCCAACACAGCAACCCCAACUGUCAUUGCUGUGCCGACCUCACAGGUUGUCAUGAAGGCAGGUGUCCAGGGAAAUGUGACUCUGGCCAUUCCCACCAUGAAGAAACAGAAGUCUGCAGCAGAUGUGACUCUGAGUGCUCUGAAUGACUCUGACGUCAACUCUGACCUGGUAGACAUAGAGGGACUGGGAGAGGGAUCCAACUCCAAGAAACUCAACUUCGAUCAGGGUAGAAACUCAAGCAAGAAGUAUCCGUGUUAAGGUCUAUUCAACACUCGUCUAUUCAACAAUCGGAAUCCAUGCUUCAAGAUUGUUUUGAUCACGCGGACUAGGAUAUGUUCCGGGUAGCCUCUGAGAAUAACAUUGACGGAUACACGGAUAACCAUGACGGAGUUCAUCAGGAAGUGUAUAGGAGAUAUUGUACCCACUGUGACUUAAAACCUACCCAAACCAGAAACUGGAUGGAUGGCAGCAUUCGCACAGAACUGAAAGUGCGAACCACAGCAUUUAACCAUGGCAAGUGACUGGGAAAGUGGCUGACUACAAACAGUGUAGUUAUUCCAUCUGUAAGGCAAACAGGCAAAACGUCAGUACAGAGACAAAGUGGAGUCGCAAUUCAACGGCUCAGAAAUGAGACGUACAGUUGAAGUCGGAGGUCUACAUACACUUAGGUUGGAGUCAUUACAGCUCAUUUAUCAACCACUCCACAAAAUUCUUGUUAACAAACUAUAGUUUUGGCAAGUCUGUUAGGACAUCUACUUUGUGCAUGACAAGUAAUUUUUCCAACUAUUGUUUAGACAGAUUAUUUCACUUAAUUCACUGUAUCACAAUUCCAGUGGGGCAGAAGUUUAUAUACACUAAGUUGACUGCCUUUAAAUACUUUGGUAAAUUCCAGGAAAAUGUCAUGGCUUUAGAAGCUUCUGAUAGACUAAUUGACAUCAUUUGAGUCAAUUGGAGAUGUACCUGUGGAGAUGUACCUGUCAAUUGGAGAUGUAUUUCAAGCCCUACCUUCAAACUCAGUGCCUCUGCUUGACAUCAUGAGAAAAUCAAAAGAAAUCAGCCAAGACCUCAGAAGAAAAAUUGUAGACCUCCACAAGUCUGGUUCAUCCUCGGGAGCAAUUUCCAAAUGCCUGAAGGUACCACGUUUAUCUGUACAAACAAUAGUACGCACGUAUAAACACCAUGGGACCACGCAGAUGUCAUACCGCUCAGGAAGGAGACGCGUUCUGUCUCCUAGAGAUGAACGUACUUUGGUGUGAAAAGUGCAAAUCAAUCCCAGAACAACAGCAAAAGACCUUGUGAAGAUGCGGGAGACAACAGGUACAAAAGUUUCUAUAUCCACAGUAAAACGAGUCCUAUAUCGUCAUAACCUGAAAGGUUGCUCAGCAAGGAAGAAGCCAUUGCUCCAAAACCACCAUUAAAAAAAGCCAGACUAUGGUUGCAACUGCACAUGGGGACAAAGAUCGUACUUUUUGGAGAAAUGUCAUCUGGUCUGAUGAAACAAAAACAGAACGGUUUGGCCAUAUUGACCAUUGUUAUGUUUGGAGGAAAAAGGGGGAUGCUUGCAAACUGAAGAACACCAUCCCAACUGUGAAGCACGGUGGUGGCAGCAUCAUGUUGUGGGGGUGCUUUGCUGCAGGGGGGAUUGGUGCACUUCACAAAAUAAAUUAUGUCGAUAUAUUGACGCAACAUCUCAAGAGUCAGGAAGUUAAAGCUUGGUUGCAAAUGGGUCUUCCAAAUGGAUAAUGACCCCAAUCAUAUUCCAAAAUUGUGGCAAAAUGGCUUAAGGACAACAAAGUCAAAGGUAUUGGAGUGGCAUCACAAAUCCCUGACCUCAGUCCUAUAGAACAUUUGUGGGCAGAACUGGAAAAGCGUGUGCUAGCAAGGAGGCCUACAAACCUGACUCAGUUACACCAGCUCAGGAAGAAUGGGAGGAAUGGGCCAACAUUCACCCAAAUUAUUGUGGGAGGCUACCUGGAAUGUUUUACCCAAGUUAAACAAUUUAAGGGCAAUGCUACCAAAAACGAAUUGAGGGUAUAUAAACGUAUGACCCACUGGGAAGGUGAAGAAAUAAAAGCUGAAAUGAAUUCUGAAUUCUAUUCUGACAUUUCACAUUUUUAAAAUAAAGUGGUGAUCCUAACUGACCUAAAACAGAGUUUUUACUAGGAUUAAAUGUCAGGAAUUGUGAAAACCUGAGUUUAAAUGUAUUUGGCCAAGGUGUAUGUAAACUUCCGACUUCAACUGUAUGUGGCAUGGU